AUGGCGGAUUACGAUCUAACAACUCAAAUAGCACAUUUUCUGGAUCGACAUUUGGUUUUUCCUCUCUUAGAGUUCCUCACUGUGAAAGAGAUUUACAAUGAAAAGGAGCUGCUCCAGGGGAAGCUGGACCUGCUCAGCGACACUAACAUGGUGGACUUUGCCAUGGAUGUGUAUAAGAACCUGUACCCGGAUAAAGACAUUCCAACCACUCUGAAGGAGAAGAGAACCACGGUUGUGGCGCAGCUGAAGCAGCUCCAGUCAGAGACCGAGCCCAUCGUGAAGAUGUUUGAGGAUCCAGAAACAACUCGACAGAUGCAGUCCACGAGAGACGGGAGGAUGCUGUUCGAGUACCUGUCAGAAAAACACAAUUUCCGUCAGGAAUACUUGGAUACUCUUUACAGAUACGCCAAGUUCCAGUACGAGUGCGGGAACUACUCCGGAGCUGCCGAAUACCUCUACUUCUUCCGUGUUUUGGUGCCCUCCACGGACAGAAACGCCCUGAGCUCUCUCUGGGGGAAACUGGCCUCCGAGAUCCUGAUGCAGAACUGGGAAGCAGCGAUGGAAGACCUGACCCGACUGAGAGAAACCAUCGACAACAACUCGGUCAGCUCGCCGCUCCAGUCGCUGCAGCAGAGGACGUGGCUCAUUCACUGGUCUCUGUUUGUCUUCUUUAAUCACCCCAAAGGCAGAGACAACAUUAUCGAGCUCUUCCUCUACCAGCCUCAGUAUCUCAAUGCCAUUCAGACCAUGUGCCCACACAUCCUGCGAUACCUCACUACCGCUGUCAUUACCAACAAAGACGUGAGGAAGAGGAGGCAAGUGCUGAAGGACCUUGUCAAGGUCAUUCAACAGGAGUCUUACACGUACAAAGACCCCAUCACAGAGUUCGUGGAGUGUCUGUACGUGAACUUUGAUUUCGACAGCGCUCAGAAGAAGCUCAGAGAGUGCGAGUCGGUUUUGGUGAACGACUUCUUCCUCGUGGCGUGUCUCGAAGAUUUCAUUGAAAACGCUCGACUUUUCAUCUUUGAGACGUUUUGCCGAAUUCACCAGUGCAUCAGCAUCAGCAUGCUCGCUGACAAGCUCAACAUGACGCCAGAUGAGGCGGAGCGCUGGAUCGUGAACCUGAUCCGGAACGCUCGACUCGACGCUAAGAUCGACUCCAAACUGGUGAGAGGCUCCUCCUGCAGGGGCUAG